UGGGGCUACAGCGGUACCCCCGCCCCUUCCAUCUUCGGCGCUCUACCAGUCCACGCCAAUUUUCUCCCUACACGCCCUUCGGAAUUUGUGGCCUACCAUAUCGUCGGACUCAAUCCCAAUGUCCUCAACGCUUCCGUCGUCGGACCAAGCCCACAUUCACAUACCGCCUUUCGAAUCAUAACAGACCCUGCGCAACCCAUGCGCACUAUUUGGCGGGACUCGCACCGUCGCACCGUCGCGAUUGCCGACUGGGAAGGCCACGCAAUCGUAGAGAUGCCCGGGCUCUUCCCUCGGCAACCUCUGCGCAACUGGCUCAGGCUUUCUUCAGAUCGCUCUUCGAGGUACAUGAACGUGCGCGGGGUCCAAUACAUAUGGGCUCCUGUUGACCAAUACAUCUGCCUCUAUUAUACCCAGAGCGGAAUGUCGCAUAUUCUUGCUCGGGUCAGCGCACUGAGCACGAGCAUCAGCAUAGAACUGACCCAGCAAGCUAUACAAUACGGGCUUCUUGAAGUGUGCAUCCUCAGCGCAUCUGUAUUUCUAUCGGGUCAAAGCAUCGACUAA